CGGGCCGCUGCGUCUCUUGCUCUCGAACCACGACCACGACCACGGCUCUGUUGUUCACAUUCGACUCUCUGCGCUAAGCAGCAGGAACCAUCACGGCGAUGGAGGCGGUCCACGAAGUUUUCAUGAAGGAGGCCCUGGCGAUGGCCCAAGAGGCCCUCGACGCGAGUGAGGUACCCGUUGGCUGCGUUUUCGUUCGUGACGGAGUGAUCAUCGCCAAAGCGAGGAAUCGGACGAACGAGCUUAGGAAUGCUACUCGACACGCAGAGCUAGAGGCCAUCGACGAAAUUCUGGCUGAGACACCAGAGCUGUCACAGUACCCACUAUCGAGCACGACGCUCUACGUGACGGUCGAACCGUGUAUCAUGUGUGGAUCUGCACUGAGGCAAUUGGGUAUCAAGGAAGUCUUCUACGGUUGUAGGAACGACAGAUUUGGAGGAUGUGGGAGUGUCUUGGGGACGAACGAUAUGUCUCAUCCUGUGCACCCGGUGUACAAAGCGAUUGGUGGAUAUGUGCGGGAGGAAGCUAUUAUGAUUCUUCGUCGAUUCUAUAUAACGGAGAAUGUGAAUGCACCAGUUCCGAAGUCGAAGGCGAACCGUGUCCUGAAGACAGAAAUAUCGCCGGAGCAAUAUUCACUUCAUGUUGCAGAUUUCGCAGGCUGAUAAUCGCAUUCAGUGAUGCACCACACGUACCAUACAAAUUCCGAAAGACAUCUAAUGCCGUCGAAUUUUUCUCCAAGUCAUAGUUUCGCUGUGAUCCUG